AUCAAUUCUUAUAAAACAUGCCACAUCUGUGGUGAUGUAUCUAAAGGAUAUCAUUAUCAUGCAAUAUGUUGUGAGCCAUGAUCAAUUGCGAUGCUAUUUAGGAGGCGAUUGUAAAAUAGAUUUUAAAAGUAGAAAAAAUUGCAAGAAAUGUCGUUUGAAUAAAUGUUUGGCCAUCGGAAUGAGAAAGGAAUUAUUACAACUAAACACUGCCGUAGAAAAUGUGACAAAAACUAUUGAGAAACCCAUUGGACUUAAUAGUGAUAAAUUAAAUUCAGACAUAACUGUAUUGAAUAUAAUUAUUGAAAACAAUGAUUCAAAUGGCGAUAAACUAAGGAAACAAAUUCAAGAAUUAGAAAGUAUUAAUACAAAUGUUGGUGUUAUUAAUACCAUUGAGAAUACACAUGAGAAAUCUGCAACUUUUGUAUAUAAAUCUGUAUUCAAACAAAUUUAUUGCGACAAAAGUUUCAAUGAUUUAGAGUCCAUACGAUUGACUGAAUUGUUGAAAGCGUCGAAAAUAUUUAACUACAAGUCAUUUCGUACGCAAACUAUCAUUGAGUUUAAAAGUAUCUCUGAAGUGAAUAACGUGGCCAACCUUAUGAUGGACAAUGACACAGUGGACCUAAUACAAUUUACCAAACACCUGGACUCAUUUAACAAUUUGUGUUUCAACGAUCAAAUGGCACUUUUUAAGUACGGGUGCCUCGAGAUACUUAUACUCCGAUCUUCCCUCCACUUUGACAUCAAUACGGAGAACUGGAUGAUGGUUUGGAAUUCGCAUAAUCCAAGUGCCGGUGUGACAGCGAUAAUACUGUUUAAUCCGAAUCGACCCAACCUUAUACACAGAGAUGUGGUCAAAUCCGAACAGCAAUUGUAUAUCUAUUUACUCCAACGCUAUCUAUUUCAAUAG